CGCCCUCUUCAAACAUUGUCAUAGCCACAUUUACAUCGGUAAACUUCCUCAAAUAUGCAGUUAAGCCAUUAACUUCCUCUCUGAGGGGUGAACUCUCUCACGUCCUACAGACUUCAAUACUUUCAACAGAAGCGGGAUUACGGUCCUCAGGAGCAUCUGAUAUGUUUGACUGCUGAAGUCGAGUCACUUUUCUAUCAUGCAGAGCAUCAAGUGUGUGGUUGUGGGGGAUGGAGCAGUUGGAAAAACCUGCCUGCUCAUCUCGUACACGACCGGCGCGUUCCCCAAAGAGUACAUUCCCACCGUGUUCGACAACUACAGCUCCCAAGUCACUGUGGAAGGCCGCACCGUCAGCCUCAAUCUGUGGGACACAGCAGGCCAGGAGGAGUACGAUCGCCUUCGCACGCUGUCCUACCCUCAGACCAAUGUCUUCAUUAUCUGCUUCUCCAUCUCCAGCCCCCCAUCCUAUGAGAACGUCAAGCACAAGUGGCACCCAGAGGUGACGCACCACUGUCCUAGCGUGCCCAUCCUGCUGGUGGGGACCAAGAGUGAUCUUCGCAAUGAUGCGGAUGUGCUGAAGAAGCUGAAGGAGCAGAACCAGGCACCCAUCUCACAACAGCAGGGCCAGGCUCUGGCUCGCCAGAUCCACGCCAUCAAGUACCUGGAGUGUUCGGCACUCAGCCAGGAUGGCAUCAAGGACGUCUUUGCAUACGCAGUGCAUGCCUUCCUCAGUCCUCAACCUGUGGCUCAAAAGAAGCCCUGUAUACUCCUCUGAAAACACAGAGAGGAUAGAGCCAUUUUAAUUUAAUUACACCCAGGAAUGCAUAGAAAUGGUGGGAAUGUUAUGGAAUGUUUGAAAGAAUAGGUUUUCAGUGAACAAUGACCAAGAAACACAGCCUUAAUCUGUGAAAUUAGAGAAAUACAAGAUUAAGUAAAAUAUUAGGAUUUUACACUGUACUGAGAUCCCUACUGAUUGCUUUUUUUUUUUUCUUCAUAGAAUUUUAAUGGGAGAGAAUGUGUUUUGGGAUUUCAUAAGACCACUAAACCUUUUGAUACCAUCCUCUGGUAUUUUAGGAAUACAUAAAACAAAGUAUAGAGGAAGUAAUCCCUUAAACACAUUUCAGAGUAAAAGGGUUUUUAGUUCCUUUUUUUGUGUUUGGGGACUUUUUAAUACUAUUGGCUAAUGAAGUUUUUCCUUUUUGCAUUUACUUAAAAAAAAUAAAAAACUAUCUGAGAAUUUAUUAGUACUAAUAAUAUUAUUAUAAUGCCCAAGGCAUUUGUUCUGUGAUUGGGGCAUCCUUGAAAACAGACCUUUAGUGUAAUUAGUGACUAUAAAUAGCGAUGGUGAACAGUCGUUCACACAGAAUGUGUUCUUACGCUCAAGACACAGCUGAAUGUAAAGGAAAAAAAGCAGAGUUUAGAGAUGCUAAACGUUGCAUGCACUUUGACACAGCAUCCUUAAAAUGCAGUGCUUGUCUGUGAGAGUUUGUAACAACAGAAAUAAUAUAGCGCAACCGAUCCAUCCCAUUUUUCAGAAGCCUUU